AAAAUCCUCGAGAAGGCGGUGGGAGAAGAUGGCGGUCCUGAGGCAGAGUUUGCAAUCUUUCUGACUAGGCUAGUCGAGCCUAUUCGGACCAUGGCGUCAAAUUCAACUAAGUCUUUCCUGGCAGAUGCUGGGUAUGGCGAACAGGAACUGGACGCUAAUUCUGCUCUUAUGGAAUUGGACAAAGGUCUGAGGUCUGGCAAGCUCGGGGAGCAGUGUGAAGCAGUGGUUCGCUUUCCUAGGCUUUUCCAGAAGUAUCCAUUCCCCAUUCUCAUCAAUUCUGCAUUCCUGAAGUUAGCCGAUGUCUUCAGAGUUGGAAACAAUUUCCUAAGGCUGUGUGUUCUUAAAGUUACCCAACAAAGUGAGAAGCACUUGGAGAAGAUUCUGAAUGUGGAUGAAUUCGUGAAAAGGAUUUUCUCGGUGAUUCAUAGUAAUGACCCCGUGGCAAGAGCCAUCACACUCCGGAUGUUGGGAAGCCUGGCGUCGAUAAUUCCUGAGAGAAAGAACGCUCAUCACAGCAUUCGCCAGAGUCUGGACUCGCAUGAUAACGUAGAAGUUGAAGCUGCUGUCUUCGCUGCUGCAAACUUCUCCGCACAGUCAAAAGAUUUUGCUGUAGGAAUCUGUAACAAAAUCAGUGAAAUGAUUCAAGGCUUAGCUACCCCAGUGGACUUGAAGCUGAAGCUGAUCCCUAUCCUGCAGCACAUGCACCACGACGCCAUCCUGGCUUCCAGCGCACGUCAGCUCCUGCAGCAGCUGGUCACCUCCUACCCUUCCACCAAGAUGGUGAUUGUUUCUUUGCACACUUUCACUCUGCUCGCAGCCUCAUCUUUGGUUGAUACACCCAAGCAGAUUCAGCUGCUGUUGCAGUAUUUGAAGAAUGAUCCCAGGAAAGCAGUAAAGAGACUUGCUAUUCAGGAUCUGAAAUUACUUGCCAGUAAAACACCGCACACUUGGAGUAGGGAGAAUAUUCAGGCACUCUGUGAAUGUGCCCUCCAAACACCUUAUGACAGCUUAAAACUUGGGAUGCUCUCUGUCCUCUCCACAUUAUCAGGGACCAUCGCCAUCAAGCAUUACUUCAGCAUAGCUCCAGGAAAUGUAGGUUCUUCCCUCAGAUCCUCUGAUUUAGUCAAGUUAGCCCAAGAAUGCUGUUACCAUAAUAACAGGGGCAUUGCGGCUCAUGGAGCAAGAGUUCUAACUAAUAUAACUGUCUCUUGUCAAGAAAAAGAUCUCUUGGCACUGGAACAAGAUGCUGUCUUUGGCCUGGAAUCCCUUCUGGUGCUUUGUAGUCAGGAUGAUAGUCCUGGUGCUCAGGCCACUUUAAAGAUUGCUCUCAACUGCAUGGUGAAGCUGGCCAAGGGCAGGCCCCACCUUAGCCAGUCGGUGGUGGAGACCUUGCUGACUCAGUUGCACAGUGCCCAGGAUGCCGCGCGGAUCCUGAUGUGCCAUUGCCUGGCAGCCAUUGCCAUGCAGCUGCCGGUGCUGGGCGAUGGGAUGCUUGGCGACCUCAUGGAGCUCUACAAGGUGAUCGGACGCUCGGCCACGGACAAGCAACAGGAACUUCUGGUGAGUCUAGCUACGGUGAUUUUCGUAGCCAGCCAGAAAGCAUUGUCUGCCGAAGUCAAGGCCGUGAUUAAGCAGCAGCUUGAAAGCGUCUCCAACGGAUGGACCGUGUACCGCAUUGCCAGGCAGGCCUCCAGGAUGGGUAAUCAUGAUAUGGCCAGAGAGCUGUACCAGAGCUUGCUGACUCAGGUUGCCUCGGAACACUUCUACUUCUGGCUGAACAGUUUGAAGGAGUUCUCACAUGCAGAGCAGUGUCUCACGGGGCUGCAGGAAGAGAAUUACAGUUCAGCACUGUCUUGCAUUGCCGAGUCUUUAAAAUAUUACCAUAAAGGGAUUGCUUCCUUGACAGCUGCCAGUACCCCACUGAAUCCUUUAAGUUUUCAGUGUGAAUUUGUGAAACUCAGGAUUGACCUUCUACAAGCCUUCUCACAACUCAUCUGUACCUGUAAUAGCCUAAAGACAAGCCCUCCACCGGCCAUUGCCACUACAAUUGCCAUGACCCUAGGAAAUGACCUCCAGAGGUGUGGGCGCAUCUCCAAUCAGAUGAAACAGUCCAUGGAAGAAUUCAGAAGUCUUGCUUCCCGAUAUGGAGAUCUUUAUCAAGCGUCUUUUGACGCUGACUCAGCCACAUUGAGGAACGUAGAACUACAGCAGCAGAGCUGCUUACUGAUAUCUCACACAAUAGAAGCCCUGAUUUUGGAUCCAGAAUCAGCAAGUUUGCAGGAGUACGGGUCUUCGGGAGCAGCCCAUGCCGACAGCGAGUACGAGCGGAGGAUGACGGCUGUGUACGGUCACGUCCUGGAAGAGGUGGAAUCCCUCAGCCGGAAGUACACCCCCGUCUCCUACAUGGACACUGAUCCCAUCUUGGCAGCCCCUCCUCCAGCUGCUGUCCUAUUGGAGCACACAGCUUGCCUCUGCAAUGCCAUCAUUGCUUUGCUCAAAGUUCCCCUGUCGUUCCAGAGAUAUUUUUUCCAGAAACUGCAGUCUACCAGCAUCAAGCUUGCUCUGUCGCCUUCCCCCCGGAACCCUGCGGAGCCCAUUGCUGUCCAAAAUAACCAGCAGCUGGCGCUGAAGGUGGAGGGAGUGGUUCAGCAUGGAUCGAAACCAGGACUCUUCCGCAAAAUCCAGACUGUCUGCCUGAAUGUUUCUUCCACACUCCAAAGUAAAUCUGGACAAGACUACAAGAUUCCCCUUGACAACAUGACCAACGAGAUGGAGCAGAGGGUCGAGCCUCAUAACGAUUACUUCAGCACGCAGUUUCUGCUGAACUUCGCCAUCCUCGGGACGCACAACAUCACAGUGGAGUCCUCGGUGAAGGAUGCUAAUGGGAUCGUGUGGAAGACCGGCCCUAGAACUACCAUAUUCGUGAAGUCCCUGGAAGACCCCUAUUCCCAGCAGAUUCGCCUACAGCAGCAACAGGCCCAGCAGCCAUUGCAGCAGCAGCAGCAGCAGCGCAACGCCUACACGCGGUUCUGACCUGCCACGCGUGCCCUGCACACUUGCACACAGUCCGUCUAAGAGGCAGAGAUCGCUUGCCUUCUUUGUGGCUUAUGAAGGUUACGUUGAUUUCUGUAAUGUAACGUUCUGGAAAAUGGUGGGCUUAUUUUCCCCCCUCAAAUUUUUUUUUAAAUUUUAGGUUCAGAAAUAAUUUGAGUUCCUAGCCAGAGAGAUUUUUUUUUUUCUUGUUUCUUCCCAAACAGAGUCCUUUCUUAUAUUUAAGUUUUGUUGUUUUAUUGUUUUUCUGUUGCGGAGCUGCUGCUACUUCUUUCGGGAAUAGUCAUCCUUUGGGAUGGUGGAAUUAGUAAAUUUGACUGUUUCUCUGCCAGAGCACAUCAUGCUGUCCGACACAGAAGAGAAUCUGAGCAGGGAGGGCAUUGGGGAGCUCCCUGGUCAGUGCGGCUUCAUCUGUGGCCACUUGAAGCCAAAUCGUCCUGAGAUGGGCUCCGAGGUGUCUGCCACAUCCCGGCCCAGGGUCUGCGGUCUCACAGAGACGGCACAUCUGCUACUGCGUUCCUUCAGCCACUUCUCUGUUUCCUGUGCUGAAGCAGUCUUAAUUUACUGUUCUGGUAUUUAAUUCACCCAAAAAGCAGCUAGCAGUUAACAAAAAUUGGAGAUUAAAAAUGUGUUGUUUU